GUUGUGUCUGUUGUAGGGUGCUGAGGAGGUUCUGGAGAGCGGCCUGCUCCUGGAAGAGUCUGGAAUACUGUACGCUGGACUGGAGCGACACACGGAGGACUGGAGCGUCGAGCCGCGCUGUAGUUUGAAUGAUAGUGAAUCUGAGGAGGUUCUGAACGCCAUGAACCCGAACGAGAUGUACACGUCAGCGGUGUGUGAGAGCGACAGCGGUCUGUCUGAAGAUCAGUCCUCAGACGGAGCCCACGAGCAGAACCUCGGUAACACCGUCUAUCAGGUGGUGUAUGACAUCAGCGGUGUGGGCGGAGCCUCGGAGCAGCAGACGCCACAGAUGGACGUGAUCUCCAUCGAGCUGGAUGAGUGGAGCUCUCAGAUGCUGCUGGCCGACUCGUGUGUGGUCAACGAGCUGGUGUCGUCUGUCAAAGUGGAGAACGUUUCUGCUCACCACGUGCAGAACGUUCAGAACCCCGAUGGUUUUAUGGUUUAUCCUGAUCUCCAGCUCACAGAGGAGGAGCAGAAGCUGCUGGAUCAAGAGGGAGUCUCACUGCCCAACAACCUGCCCUUAACAAAGACUGAGGAGAGAAUCCUGAAGAAAGUGAGACGGAAGAUCCGGAAUAAACUCUCGGCGCAGGACAGUCGCAGGAGGAAGAAGGAGUAUAUCGACGGUCUGGAGAGCAGGGUGGUGGUGUGUUCAUCUCAGAAUAAAGAGCUGCAGAGAACCGUCGAUCAGCUGGAGAAACACAACGUGACUCUUGUGGCUCAGCUGCACAAACUUCAGGCUUUGAUCAAGCAAACGGCCACCAAAGCGGCACAGACGAGCACGUGCAUCAUGAUCCUCCUCUUCUCUCUGGCUCUGCUCGUCUUCCCCAGUUACAGUCCGUUCAGCCGUCGUUCUCCGUCAGCGGAGGACACUUACGCUCCGGCCGCCGUGAUUUCCAGAAGCAUCCUGAAUGAGCUGGACUCUCUUCCGCUCCUGGAGGAUCCUGUAGAAGAUGAUCCGAUGUCUUCAGAGGCUCUGCCGCCCGCAUCAGCACACAGACCCGCAGACGCAGACGCAGACGCAGACGGGCCGCAGGACUGGAGCGGAGACCAGAGGAACGGCUCGGCCGCGGCGGAAGGAAACGCAGACGCAGACAAACCGCCGCACGCUGAUGAAAUAUACAGGUGUGUCUGAGCCUGCAGCGCUCUUCGUCAUCAUCAUCAUCAGAGGAUAGUCAUUAUGUGCUUUAGUGAGUCACAACCCAACAAUAAUCAUAUCAAUGUUUGAUUUAAGGAUUCGUGUUUGUGCGUGGUUUUUUGUUAAGUAAGUUUUUACUCCUCUGACACGGAUCGGAUAUCAUUGCGCACAUGAGUGAGAUUUGAAAUCAGCUUCAAAUCUGAUUUCUGAAGAUCAUGUGACACUGAAGACUGGAGUAAUGAUGCUGAAAAUACAGCUGCGCAU